CUAUCAUAGGAGGCGGCGAGGUGAUGCCAAGCUAUCGAAAUACUGUCGCUACAGUCGACAAACAGCUGUUUUUAUUUCGUAGUCCAAAUUCAAAACAUAUGAACACACUGGCGCUAUUUUGCUGAGCUUCCCACAUACAUGCAUACACACACACACUUUGGAGAAUAUAUUUACGAAAUUUUACUGUGAGUAGGAACGCAAAAUCACAACAAACAAACGGAUUAAAAAUCAGCACCAGUUGACAACCACACAGCAGCAGCAGCGGUCGUGUUUUCUACCAAUUAGAUAAUCGAGCGUCAUCCGACGUACAUUUUACAAUUGGACCAGCGCCGUAUAUAGUGUGGUUUUGCAGUAACAAAAUUUCAAGAAGUUAACCAAAUUAACCGUAAAUAAAAUGAGUCGCCAACUUUUAAGGAACCCGUCAACACUGCAGCGUGCUGCCACUGUUGUAGUGACGUCGGGGCUGCCGCAUCUGGAGCUUAGCGGGGCUCGCAUCUGUCAGCUGCAGCAACAAUGUAAACUGCCAUCGAGCGUUGCCAUUCGACGCUGGAAAUCGCUGCUACAUAACAAUAACAGCGCUCAAAAGCCAGCGACCGCCACAGUCGCAACUACGACGACGGCGACGACGACAACGACAGCGACGCGACGCAGCAGUCAAGCUGAAGCAUUGAACGCGCGUGGUAGCCAUUCACCGUUUAACGCUCCUGUUCGCAACAUGUCCACCGUUAGCAAUGAUAAGGUUUUAACCAUGGACUCCAUCAAUGCCAACUAUGUGGCCAUGGAGUAUGCGGUGCGUGGACCGAUUGUCAUACGCGCUGGAGAAAUUGAAAAGGAACUGUUGAAGGGCGUCAAGAAGCCAUUCGACCGGGUCAUUCGAGCCAACAUUGGCGAUUGCCAUGCGAUGGGCCAAAAGCCUUUGACCUACUUGAGACAGCUGCUGGCCUUGACCAUGGAGCCGCGUCUAUUGGAAUCUCCCGACUAUCCGGACGACAUGAAGGAACGUGCUUGCGAGAUACUUGCCGCCUGUGCAGGAGGCUCGAUGGGCUCCUAUACGGACUCUGCGGGCAUGGAGUUUGUUCGCCGACAGGUCGCCGCCUUCAUUGAGGACCGUGAUAAGGGCGUGCCCGCUGAUUAUCAGAAUAUUUAUUUAACCGGCGGUGCAUCACCAGCCAUUAAGAGUAUCCUCACCCUGCUCAACUGCCAGAUUGAUGGUAGUGCGCCUGGUGUGAUGGUGCCCAUACCACAGUAUCCACUGUACUCGGCGACUAUCACAGAGUUGGGAAUGUGCAGGGUCGAUUACUUCCUGGACGAGGACAAAUGCUGGGGACUCGAUCGCAAAGAACUGCAGCGAUCGUACGAUGAAGCGAAGAAGAGGUGCUGCCCACGAGUGCUGGUUGUCAUUAAUCCGGGUAAUCCCACCGGACAGGUGCUCACUCGCGACAACAUCGAGGAGAUAAUCAAGUUUGCGUACGACAACAACUUGGUGAUCCUGGCCGAUGAAGUGUACCAGGCGAACGUGUAUGACAAUAACUCCAAGUUCUACUCGUUCAAGAGGAUAAUGAACGAGAUGGGCGGACCACAUCGUCAGCAGGAGCUGGUCAGCUUCCUCUCCGUUUCGAAGGGCUAUCUGGGCGAGUGCGGCAUACGCGGCGGCUACAUGGAGGUGGUCAAUGUGUGCCCCGAAGUCAAGGCCGUGCUCACCAAGUCGAUUACUGCCCAGCUGUGCAGCACCACAGCUGGCCAGGUCGCAAUGAGUGCUCUAGUGAAUCCACCCAAGCCCGGCGAGUCAUCGUAUGCACUGUACGAAAAAGAGAAGGCCGCGGUGCUGAAUGCGCUAAAAGAGCGUGCCGAAUUGGUAUACAAGACGCUAAGCAGCUUCGAGGGCUAUACGGUCAAUCCGGUCCAGGGCGCCAUGUAUGUGUUCCCCAAGAUCGAGAUACCCCCCAAGGCAGUCGAGGCGGCCAAGGCUAAGAAAAUGCUGCCGGAUGUCUUUUAUGCAUUUGAACUGCUUGAGACUACAGGCAUUUGUAUUGUCCCUGGCAGCGGAUUUGGCCAGUUGCCCGGCACCUUCCACUUCCGCAGUACCAUUUUACCACAAACGGAUGUAUUGACGGAAAUGAUGGAAAAGUUCCGCGUAUUUCAUACUGAUUUCAUGAAGAAGUACAAGUAGGAUGUGCAUAGUUGACCUAUCCAUUUUUUUUUUCAAAAUUUUAAAAUUUAACAUAAUAAAACGAAAAGAAAACUUAGUGAAAAGCAAACCCCAUUUAUAUAAUGUCUUGC